CAGACUUUUUUUUUUAUAGUAUAGUGUGUCUAAAACACCGAUACCUGAGAUAGCGCGUGCCACUUUAAAUUUUGACGGACACACGAGUAAAAAAUACAAUUACACAAUAAACUUAACUGACAAUAUACAGAAUGGGUAACGUGCUAGCGGCAUCAAGCGGCGUCGAGGCAACAACGGCUCGCAGCAACAGUGUGGCUGCCAGCCUCGGUAUGCCGGAGCCAAGCGCAAAUUCCACAGAGGCCACUGGCAGCAGCUCAUCGAUGUCAAGCGAAUUGAGCGAUGCGGCUAAGGAUAACACAUUGGACAAUCCCGGCACCGUCGAGGAGUUGCACAAAAAAUGCAAAGAUGUUCAGGCCAUAACCUUUGAGGGCGCCAAGAUAAUGCUGAACAAGGGACUGAGCAAUCAUUUUCAGGUAUCGCACACGAUCAAUAUGAGCAGCACAGUGCCAAGUAGCUAUCGGUUUGGCGCCACAUAUGUGGGCACCAAGCAAUACAGCCCCACCGAGGCAUUCCCCGUGCUCCUCGGCGAUAUUGAUCCAUCCGGCAAUCUGAAUGCCAAUGUUAUACAUCAGUUCUCCUCACGUUUGCGCUGCAAAUUUGCUUCCCAGAUCCAGGACUCGAAAAUGUUGGCCACACAGAUGAGCACAGAUUAUCGGGGCAAUGAUUUUACCGCAUCGAUAACACUGGGCAAUCCGAGCAUAUUCACCAAUUCCGGCGUAAUUGUGGGCCAGUAUUUACAAUCGGUAACACAGCGCAUCGCUCUCGGCGCCGAGGUGGCCUAUCAGUACGGCCCCAAUGUGCCCGGUCGCCAAAUAGCGAUUGUCUCUGCCUUGGGACGCUACUCGACAGGAGAUUCGAUUUGGUCUGGCACAGUGGGACCGAGUGGAUUGCAUUUGUGCUAUUAUCAGAAGGCCAGCGAACAGCUGCAAAUUGGUGUCGAGGUGGAAACGAGUCUGCGCAUGCAGGAAUCCGUUGCCACCAUUGCCUACCAGAUUGAUUUGCCCAAGGCGGAUUUAGUGUUCAAAGGCUCCGUAGACUCAAAUUGGCAUAUUUCGGGUGUUCUGGAGAAGCGCCUGCAGCCACUGCCUUUCACCUUUGCGCUGAGUGGACGCAUGAAUCACUUAAAGAAUAACUUCAAACUCGGCUGUGGACUGAUAAUCGGCUAAGCUCAUUCAAUCCACACUAAACAGCACCAACAACACCAACCAGCAACAACCAGCAGCAACCAGCAGCAACAGCAAUUAAAUCAGAACCAGCAACAACAACAACCAACAACAACUAAAGGAGGAAUAGCAACCACAAGCAGCAGAUGACCGGCCAGAACAACAAAAUAUCAUCAUUUGUUUGCAACGCUAGCAUUCAUUCAUUCAUCACAGAUACACACACCCACCCACACACACACACACACACACACACCCACACACACACACCCCACAUGCAUACAACUGUAGCAAGCAAAGCAUAUUUAUGUUCAAUUUGUUUUUAAUACUGAACUAAUUUUUUGAUGAUAUGACUUUAAAUUAACAAAUUGCAAUCGUAAUUAUUUGUAAAAACAAAAUUCCAAAACAAAACACACCCCAAUUCAACACCAACAACAACAACAACAAUUGAGAGGCAGCAAGCAAUAAUAUCAAACAAUCAGCAAGUAAAA